CAGCUGAUUGCAUUUUGCGAACACGUGUGGUGUGCAUCUGACGUUUCACCGUGCGAACGGGUCGAAUCAAAAUAAACUCAUCCCAACCCAAAACGCAACAUUGCAUAAAACCUAAACAACGCGAAUAUCAUCGCAGUACCAAACCAACCGUCGUCAGUGAUCGAUCCUCAGAGUAACGAAGUGAAAUUAUUCAUUUCGUGCAUUUCGUGGAUAUUGAUUUUACAACACAACACAACAAACAUGGCUUUUAUGAUGCCAGUGGUGAAGAACGAUUGGGACAUCUACAAGUCCAACCGUUCGCGACGCGUGUCCGAGUGCAGUAACGGAACAUCAUGCCGUUCGAGGAAGGUGUCCGAGUGCAAAUCAGAAGGACCCAGCCUAUCGACAUCACCACCAGGUGCUGAUUUUAUCGUCGGUUCACCGGCACAUCGCAGCGUGCCGGCGAAUAUGUCCCGACAGUAUUCACGCGCUUCAUCCCGCAACUCACAAACGAGUCUUAUACAAAGCCCGUGCAAGAGUAUGUCGUCAUCACCGCCGAAGAACGGCUCACAGUCCAGCCUCAACAAGUUCCACAACCGGCUGCUGGACAAAUUGAAGCGCUCGCUGCGUCGGAAUGACUGCUGCGACAACGAGCGCACCAGUUCAUGAGGUAGGCGCUCCUCGACGCCGACACCGCCGCCGCCUUCAACGAACAACAACAAUACGAACAACGUCGGCACCCAUCAGCACCAUCACCAGCAGCAGCUUCAGCACUACAUUGGUCGAUGAUUGAGCCACUAGGGACGCUAGUAUAAGGUUUCUCUUCACACUUCAGACUCACAUUUCACAGAGUAGAGAAUUAUUAGUACGUAGUUUAAUGAUGUAAGUUGUAAAACACUUUCGAAUCGCGCGGCGUGGCGAGAAGCGAAAGCAGCAGGACAUUUCUUUGUUUGCGUGUGCGGGUCAUUGACACUUUUUGGGACGAUAAGACGUGCCCUGUGAUAUUUUCUAGAAAAUAUUUAAAAAAAACAAACGCUGUUUUUGUUUUGCUCAUGUAAUCAGCUUCAACGAAUUUUGAGAAAAUUUGAAAAGCGCUCUAGAAAAUAUUAUAACUUAAAAAACAAGGCGUUGGCCAGAAAUUAACCUUGACUGCGACUGGCAAUGAUAAAAAAAUGGUGAUAAUAUCAAUUUAAUAACGAUUAAAUUGAUCGAUCGAUGGAUAAAUGAUAACGCGAAUUGUUGUGGGAUGAUUGAGUUGGGUCGUGAGUCAGUUUUUAUAUUCAUAUACUCGUACACACACACGUAACAUGCGCGCCUUGUAAAUGUAAAUCGAAUUUUUCGCUAAUUUGUUAAGCGGAGUUUUAAGAAGACGCGAGAAAUCAAACAAUUGCGUGGUGUUUGCACGCGAAAUUAAGACGCACUGCCCGGAACCCCGAUGCGGGUCGAGUUUUUUCGUCUUUUUCGAUGAAAUUUUUUACUUCUCGCCGCCAUAUAUGAUGAAUAAUUGCAAACAAUGAAACAGACGAAUGUUGAUGACCACAUGACAACGUGCCGAGUAUUCGUGCUGCUAGCAAACAUUCCAGAGUAUUUAUAAAAUAAUAAAAUUAUUACAAGUUUUAAUAAGAGUUGAAGCUUACAGAAUUUAAAUGACACACAGGAUGGACAAUGUACACGUUCAUCGAUACACUUUGUUAAAAUGACAACUGACAGAUAUGAGGGGUUAUGCAAUCAAGAAUACACGAUUAUUUUGACAGUGAAGGGAGGAGCUUCAUGAUUAUGACAGUUUUUGUAACUUUUUUCGAAUGACACAUGAACUUGACAGCAGAUCCUAUUGCAGACGUUCUGCGCAUGACUAUAUUAUAUUGUAUUAUAUUCGUUUUAUUUAUUCGAAGAUGUUUACGUUUUUAGAAUUAUAAUGUUGUAUUUUUAAAUAAAUUUAAAGAAUAUUAUAAUGGGAAUAUUAUACGAAUGAUAAUAAAAUCAAAACUAAGAGAAA